GCUCUUCCACCCGUAAUUGUUGAAAUACAGAAUACAGUUGACAAGACUUUCAUUCGCCGUAUUAUGAAAUAUUGUGGCCAUAUAAUCGAUAAGUACAAUGUGGAGCCAAUUGCUUUGGCCAUAUGUGUACAUGAAGUCAGAAAAACCAUCAGCGAUCGUUUUCUUGAAACGCCUAAAGCAGAUUUUCUAAAGAGAUUGCCAUCUGAAUGGUGGGCUAAAGAACAUCUUUUUAUGAGCAAAGCAACAAUCUCGGAUUUCUUAAAUACGCCAUUAUCAGAGAUGGUUGCACUUGUAUAUGUAUUGACAGAACAAGAAGGCUCACUGCUUAGUUUGGAGCACAGGGAUGACCUAACAGUGCAGAUGUUGUAUGUCAUCUAUAAAGUAGCACUUGAACAUGAAAUACGGGAUGAAGAAAGAACAGUCGAAGUAUUGUUGAACUUCUGUGAAAAUAACCAG